AUGGCUUCCACACUGCUGAUGACUAAUCUACAAGACCUCACUCUUAUACUGAGGGAAAAAGAGCAUGAUGUUUACCACACUUCCUCAGAAGAUCUCUUGCUCUUCAUCACAACUGGUAGGAUAUUGGUAUUCAAUGGUAUCUUGAAGGAUGGUGAUCCUGACAAAGGGAAGAUAUUAACAAGAAUAUCACUAUUCUGGUUUGAGAAACUAAAGGGUGUUGUUCCAGAUCAUCACACGAUGGCCAAUACAGACAAGAUGCCCAAGGAAAAGGCUAAAGUCAUACCCAUUGAGUUUAUAGUUCAAGGGUACCUCACUGGACCUGCAUGGGUAGAGUACAAGAGAACUGGAACUAUGCACAGAAUGCCUCUUCCACAGGGAAUGGUCAAGUCCCAGCAGCUACACCAACCAUUGGUAACCUCAUUGAUGAAAGCAGAACAAGGCACUCAUGAUGAGAAUGCCUUUCUGGAUAGGGCUGGACAACUUAUUGGUUCAAAGCUUUACACCUGCAUUGCAGAAAUAGCCCUUAAGUUAUAUUCAACUGCAGCCAAAUAUGCAUAUUCCUGUGGACUUAUCCUCACAGAUAGCUCAGAGGAUGAAGUGGUCCUUGUUGACAAGGCUCUCACCCCAGAUUCAUUGCAUUAUUUCCUCUCAAUCAAUACAUUUUUUGAGCCACUGUACAUUCCAGGGAAGCCUCAACCAGCUUUGACAAGUCAGUAUGAGAGGGAUUGGCUAGUCUCUGUAGGGUGUUGCAAGCACAUGGAAAGUGGACCUGGAGGUAACAGCAAAGGCUGGGGUGUCAAUGAGGCCAUCAUUCAAGGGAUGCAAGGAAGGUAUUCAGAAGCUGAGGAAAUGCUGAAAAAUGAGAGUCCAAAAGCCUGA